AUGACGAUCAAAGGUCUCGACGGUGCCGCCAACUCGGCCGCGGCAGCUCACAAGCCUGCCCACUUCAAGCUCGAGAACCUCAUCCGACCCAACAUCCUAUCGCUCGAGCCCUACCGAUGUGCACGAGAUGACUACCAGUCCGGUAUUCUCCUCGAUGCCAAUGAGAACAGCCUCGGCCACUCGUUGCCACCCAAUUCCGUCAUCCCUCACAACCCUGGCUCCUCGAAUGGCGCGACACCAGUCCAGUCAACGGAAGCAGACGACCCGCUCUCGCUCAACCGCUAUCCUGAUCCUGGACUGUUCGGCAUCAAGGAUGCUGUCGCCGAGCUGCGUGGUGUUCCCAACGAUGCAUUCGUGUUUCUCGGCGUUGGCAGUGAUGAGGUGCUCGAUCUGGUGCAGCGAGUUUGCUGCCGUCCUGGCAAGGACAAGAUUCUCAUCUGCCCACCCACUUACGGCAUGUACAGCGUCUGCGCUGCCGUCAACGACCUCGAAGUCGUCAAGGUACCCCUCAUCACCGAGGGCGGCAAGUUCGCACUUGACGUAGAGGCAGUCAACAAGAAGCUCGCCGAAGACCCAGACAUCAAGAUCGCAUUCAUCUGCUCGCCAGGCAACCCCACAGGCACUCUCAUCCCACCCAUCGACGUGCGCCAAGUCCUCGACAACCCAGCGUUCAAAGGUCUCGUCGUGGUCGACGAGGCAUACAUCGACUUUGCCGAGGAGGAGAAGAGGAUGGGCAAGCGACCUGCUGAGGAGAUCGUCAGCGCCGUUAGCCUCGUCCACGAGUACCAGAACCUCAUGGUCACACAGACGCUCUCCAAAGCGUUCGGUCUCGCUGCGAUCCGCCUGGGUAUCGCCUUCGCCCAGCCACCAUUGGUCCAGAUCAUGAACAACACCAAAGCGCCCUACAACAUUUCUUCGCCCACAGCCCACCUUGCCUCGCUCGCACUCUCAACAAAGGGCAUCGCGCAAAUGCGCGAGAACGUACAGACGCUCAUUCGCAACCGCGACCAGCUCAUCUCGGCACUCCAAACGCUGCCCGGUGCGGGCGCGAUCUUGGGCGCCAACGAAGCCAACUUUGUCCUCGUCCAGAUGCUCGAUCUCGAGACACGAUCCAAGCCAGACAACGACGUGGCGCAGAUGGUCUACAAGCGCAUGGCAGAGGAGAUGGGCCUGGUAGUCAGGAACAGGGCGAAGGACCUGGGUUGUGCCGGAUGCUUGAGAAUCACGGUCGGUACGGAAGAGGAGAACAAGAGGUGCAUCGAGCUGAUGAAGGGGUUGCUCGAGGGCGGCAAGUAG